AUGAAUGGUUUGGGCCAGGGUAAUACUGAUUGCUUUAUUUCUCUUAGUUUAUUAUUAUUGCAAUUGGUCCAGAUGUUUUGCCAUUCGUCCAUGGACUUGAAUCAAGACCAGCACACCACUGAAGGGUACCGGCCCAUAUCAUUGCUAAAUACGAUGAGUAAAAUUAUAGAAAAAAUGGUGAAUAACAGACUCAUAUGGUAUCUUGAAAAACAUAAUUUGCUGUCACCCCACCAACACGGCUUUCGAAAAAAUAGAUCUACAAAUGAUAUUCUGGUCAGCUUACACACCGACAUCGCCGAUGCAUUAGUAAACAAACAAAACAUAAUACUUGUCAGCCUGGAUCUAAAAAAAGCUUACGACACCGUUUGGAGACACCGGGUUUUAAAAAUAAUACAAAAACUGAACAUUCAUGGAAACAUGCUCAAAUUCAUAAACAACCAUAUACGAGAAAGAACUUUUCAAGUUAAAAUUAAAAGUACACUAUCGGAUCCAUUUGCAAAUGAAAAUGGUGUAGUACAAGGCUCAUCAAUUAGCGUAACACUAUUCCUUAUCGCAAUUAAUGAAAUGACAACACAAGUACCGCCACCCACAAUGAUAAAACUUUUUGCUGACGAUGCACUGAUCUAUUGUAAAGGAAAAAAUGUAAGUUCAAUUAAAAACCAAUUACAACUCACACUCGAUAAGCUUAGUAAAUGGAGCCUCGAAACCGGUUUCUCUUUCUCUCCAAAUAAAACUAAAUGUAUACUAUUCACCCACCAAAGGAAAAUAGUGAAACCGAAUAUCCAAUUUGAAAAUAAAACGCUCGACUAUAGCGACAAUGUUAAAAUUCUAGGUUUAAUAUUCGAUAAAAAACUCAACUGGUGA